GCUGAAAAAAGUCUCACACCGGAACAGGUUAAAGAGAUCAAAGAGGCGUUUCACCUGUUUGACAAAGACGGGGAUGGCCACAUCUCGACUCAAGAACUCGGCAAAGUCAUGAGGGCACUCGGCCAGACACCCUCAGAGACCGAGCUGAAGGACAUGAUCAAUGACGUGGACUCUGAUAGAAAUGGCACCAUUGAGUUCCAAGAGUUUCUGGUGAUGAUGUCCAGACAGAUGACCUCUGGGGAUAAGGAGGAGGAAAUGCGUGAGGCUUUUCGUGUCUUUGAUAGGGACGGUAACGGCUACAUCUCAGCCGCGGAGCUGCGUCAGGUGAUGGCGAACCUUGGGGAGAAGUUGACGGACGCCGAGGUUGACGAGAUGAUCCGGGAGGCGGAUAUGGACGGGGACGGGCACGUCAACUACCACGAAUUUAUGAAGAUGAUGUCCCACAAAUGACGUGUCGAUUGACCCUAGUGAGACAAGGAAUUCCACUGUGUCAGUCGAGACUGCCGCUCCAUACAUACAUUCACUGUGUAUAUUUCACGUGUCAACAUAUGUACAAUAUCAACAAAGUAUGAACUGUUAUAAAACUAUUAAAUUUUAUACUGCUCAAA